AUGGGUAAGGACACUAUUGCUGACAUAAUAACCUCUAUACGAAAUGCUGACAUGAAUAGAAAAGGAACGAUUCGAAUAGCAUCUACUAACAUCACUGAAAACAUUGUUAAAAUACUUUUACGAGAAGGUUUUAUCGAUAACGUAAGGAAACAUCGGGAAAGCAACAAAUAUUUUUUGGUUUUAACCCUACGACAUAGAAGGAAUAGGAAAGGACCAUAUAGAACUAUUUUAAAUUUACGACGGAUCAGUCGACCCGGUCUACGAAUCUAUUCUAACUAUCAACAAAUUCCUAGAAUUUUAGGCGGGAUGGGGAUUGUAAUUCUUUCUACUUCUCGGGGUAUAAUGACAGACCGGGAGGCUCGACUAGAAGGAAUCGGCGGAGAAAUUUUGUGUUAUAUAUGGUAA